AUGAGCGGAUGCCGGAAAUAUCGAAACCGGGUAUUUCCCACUAGUGAUUGCAAGUCAUUUCAGUACAGAUUUCGAUUUGUUACUUUCUCUUGUACUCACUGUACGUUUUUCGAGUCUGUUCUUUAAAUUUUGCAUAAGCUUUGGUUUUUUUACGUUUGUUAUUACAUUAUGCAUCGAUUUAAAUCUUCAAAAUACAAGAACGGCGUCGCAAAAGUGCCGAAGAAAGAGCUGUGUAUCACGGAUGUCUCUGUGGAAGCACCAGUGUCUUAUGGGAACCAUGUAAGCUGUGGAGCAAAAUUCUUCGUAUGCAACCUUGGGGGAGCAGGAGGUGGCAAGCUUGGUGUGUUUGGCGUGGAUGAUUGUGGAAGGAAGGGUCAACAUCCUAUGCUGGCCGCCCAUGCAGGGAUCAUAACGGACAUUGAGUUUUCACCAUUUUAUCACGACACCUUUCUCUCUGCUUCUGAUGACUCAACUGUUAAAAUUUGGAAAAUUCCUGACUCUGGCGUGAUGAAUUCUGGCUCUUAUUCCCCUGCAUCUGUUUUCAAAGGUUUUAAAAAACGCCCUGAAGUAUUGCAACAUCACCCGGUGGCUGAAUCACUCUGUGCUUUGGCAACGGGUGGUGAGAUUAAGUUAUUAAACAUGAAGCAAGAAGAUGUGGCACUUAAUUGUGAAGUAUGCAGUGACACAUUACAGUCAAUUGCUUGGUCUUAUGAUGGAAAGACAAUAGCAGCAACCAGUAAAAACAAGAAGUUAUUCAUAGCAGACCCAAGGGUUGGCCAACAGGUUGUUGAAACUGCUGCUCAUGGAAAUCACAAGGAUUCGCGAGUGAUUUGUCUCGGAGAUUCCGAGAAAUUUGCAACAACCGGAUUCACUACAUCAAGAUCUAGAGAACUGAAAGCUUGGGAUCCAAGAAACUUAACAAGUUGCCUUCAAACCAUUGAAUUUGGAACUUCUACUGGGGUACUGAUGCCGUUCUACGAUGCUGACGCGAAGCUCAUUUUCCUGGCAGGAAAGGGCGAUUCCUCACUCUCCAUACUCGAAGUUGUGGACGGUACAGAGUUGAUCAGUCAAGCGAGCCAAACCAUGUUGCCGGACCAGAGCAAAGGCAUGGGCAUCCUACCGAAGCUCGCAGUGGACGUUAUGUCGUGUGAGGUGGACCGACUCAUGCAACUAUGUGCUCGGCAGAUUGUACCGGUGAAAAUAGAGGUCCCAAGAAAGUCACACAGGGAUUUUAUAAGCGAGCUUUAUCCUGACACCGAUUCAGACGAAAUCGUAUUGACAGCAGAGAAUUGGUUAUCCGGGACCAACGGACAGAGGACCAAGACGAGCCUGGAUCCGAGUACUCGGAAGUCGUUACGCGUUUCGCAGAAUGCACCAACGGUAGCCGCACCAGCGGCACCAGCGGAACCAACGGAACCAGUGGAACCAGUGGAACCAGCGGAAUCAGCCGCACAAGCGGCACCAGCGGCCGAAGUAGUUAAAAACACAACCCCUACUGACACCAAGAAAGUUGCUAGUAGCUCACCACCGCCACCAAGCGAGAGUAAGCUACCGGCACCAGAGAAAAAGGUUGAAGUUGAGAAACCGAAACCCACUGCUACUGCCGUUGUUGCAAAACCCUUUGCUGGUGUCCGCCAGUCCAAAUUUCGUCACUGGACGGGUACAGUGCUUCACCCCACCACCCAUAUAACCAACAUACCAAAGCUGAACACCUCGUUAUCAGGAUCUUGUGAUGGUUUCCAUAUCAACACCGAACGUGUGGCGUUUCCUCUAUCCACACCUGGUGGCCACGUCGCAAUAUGGGAGUUAUCAAAAAUCGGGCGACUUCCUUCUUCGGACCCACCCAGCCUCCAGAACACCGCAGCUGUCACUGACAUGCGGUGGGAUCCGUUCAACUCUCACAGAAUCGCCGUAGGUCUUGAAAAUGGGAAGAUCAAAGUGUGGGAGAUACCUGAAGGAGGUUUAAAGGAAGUUGUUUCGGAAGAAUCAUUUUCUCUUUCAGGUCACUACAAUAAGGUAAUCUGCGUCCGGUUUCAUCCUCUCGCAUCCGGGAUCCUCGCUUCUGCAUCUUCGGAUUCCACCAUCAAAAUAUGGGAUCUGGAAUCUCAGGAAAAUUGUAUAACACUGACCGGCCACGAAGACGAGAUUCUUAAUAUAUCGUGGAGCAGCGAUGGCAAGUACAUAGCAUCCAUGUGCAAAGACAACAAGAUAAGAAUAUACGAUCCUAGGUCUUCUACUGAACCAAUAAAGGUUGCCACGGGUUCUGAGGGCAGCAGCAGAGGCGGUAGAAUCGUGUGGGCUUGCUCGGACCAACUUCUGAUUUCGUCUGGUUUUAAAAGUGGAGCUCGUGAAAUUGCCGUUUAUGACGUCACAGACAUGGAUCGCGGUCAAGUGGAAUCUCAAGACCUUGGGGGAUCCCCCUCCACAUUAAUACCACAUUAUGAUGAAGAUAGUAGCACACUGUUUGUAACCGGGAAGGGCGAUACCACCAUGCACUCAUUCGAGGUCUCGCCGACCGAACCUCACCUUCAUCAACUAAACACCUUCACUUCAGAUAAAAUGCAUCAAGGGUUUCUAUUUCUUCCCAAAACGACAUGCGACCCUCGUAAGGUUGAAUUUGCCCGCGCAUGGCGGCUGAGCAAAACCACCCUGGUUCCGAUCUCGUUUAAAGUUCCGAGAAUUAAGAUGGAAUAUUUCCAAGACGACUUGUUUCCGGAAACACGUGACCUGCGGAAGCCUACAAUGACGUCACAACAGUGGCUCGACGGAAAAAACGUACAAGCUUCGAAAAUCAGUGUCUGCCCGAAAGAUAUGAAACCAUUGAGUGAGGCACCCAAGGAAGCACCGAAAGCUCGGAAAUACGAAUCAUAUGAUCCAUCCACUUAUAAGACAGACGAAGAGAAAAAAGAAGAGUUGCUGGCUGCCAUGUCGAAUAGACUUGACCUUGAUAAAGAGUUGGAGCAAGAUACAAUGGAAGGAGUGGACGAAGAUGAAUGGGACGAUUACUAGCUUACCAGGUUCUGCCUCUACAUCAGGUUGAUUUUUACUUUUUACCACAAAACAUAAUAUCAUAUUCAAAUCAUUCCAUGAGUUUGUCUCAGCGUGCAAUAUACGCAAGCUCGCAACAUCAACGGCCUGCAAAAGCUGUCUUUGAACCAAAGUGAUUCUCAACUCAACUCAAUGGCACUUACGAUUUGUACAUGCCCUUAACCCAAGUGAAUCUUUACAUUCUUUUAUUAGAUUGUUCAUUUAAUGGCGACAAUGUAGUCGCAGAAUCAAGAUUAACUCGAUAUAGAAUAUAGAUCAUAUUAUUAAACAAGUUACACGGAUA